GCAGCGCAGAGCAAAAUGAAGCGAGUUUUAUUCUAUCUCGCCAAAAUGGCUGACGCGUCGGCGACGGUGCGCGUGAAAAAAAUACCCGAUAAUCUGUACGAGGUGUGUUUGACUAAUUUAGUGAACUACUUGCAGAGAUCCAAGUGCGAAAGGAAUGACUUGCGGUCGUUGCCAGAUAGCAUCCUUAUGGAUGUUUAUUACAAGAUGUUGCAAGAGAAACGACUGUGCAUUCUGGGCGCGGAGCUAUCAGAGCUGGACAUCUUCGAACGGUUGUUACGUUUCUCAGGCGCGCAACUUCGAUUACUACAAUGCUUUCAGGCAGUCAUAGAACACGGGUCAAAGCUGUCGGUGGAGCUGGCCAGCGGAUACCUCGCGAGGUGCGACACCAACACAAAAUCAAGGAACUCACUUAUACAAUUAGGACUAAGACUUGGUGGUUUUCUAAACGAAGCCGGUUGGUACGCGGACGCACAGCGUGUGCUCCUGCGUUGUAGGGACCUGUGCCAGGCGCAGCCGCAGACCACGCACUACAAACGACUUACACUGGAAUGCUGUCAUAGACUUCUUAACACACAGUCAGCGUAUUGCUGCUUCCCGGCAGCGGCAGAGACGUACACGUUAGCGCUCAAGCUACUGGGGCUACCCGACGACGCCGCUGCCAAAUUACCCGACGGACCCAUAGCGAUCGCCGAAACGUGUUCCAAGGCCUUGCAGACCGAUGAUGAAGAACAGCAAAGUAGCAGACUAGACCCGUGCCCCGAGGAGUGGUGCGGCGGCGGCGGCGGCGGCGGCUGCGGCGCGUGGGGCAUGUCGGCGCUGUUGGCGCGCCUCUGCAAGGAGUUCAGCGCGCUGUUCUUCGUGCGCUGCGACUACAGCGCCGCGCACGCCUGGAGCAUGCGCGCGCUCUCGCUGCUCACGCCGCACACGCCCGCCAAGAUAACGAUCGAGGUGCUCCGCGCGUGCGGCAAGGCGUGCGUCGUGAAGCGCCGCUUCUCCGAGGCGGGGCUGCUGGUGCGACAGGGCGUGGCGCUGGCCCGCGCCGCCUUCGGCCCCGCCCACCCGCGCUACGCUGCCGCGCUGCUCGACUACGGCUUCUAUUUGCUCAACAUUGACUCCAUAACGCACAGCGUCGCCGUCUACGAGGAGGCCCUGAGCACCCUGCGGCGCGUGUUCGGGCGCAGCAGCCUGCACGUGGCGACGGCGCAGGAGGACCUCGCCUACGCGCUCUACGUGCUGGAGUACUCGUCGGGCCGGUUCUACAAGGCGCGCGACCACGCCGAGCGGGCCAUUCGCAUUAUAGAGAACCUCGUGCCACCCGAUCACCUGCUGCUGGCGUCCGCGAAACGCGUGAAGGCGCUCAUCUUGGAAGAAAUCGCGCUCGACACGCCCGCGGGGCAGGACAUGCGAGAACCUAGUCUGCUAGAAGAAUCUGAAUCGCUGCACAAAGCAGCGCUAGAACUGAGUAUGAUGGCGUUUGGAGAGAAGAACGUCCAGACCGCCAAGCACUACGGCAACCUGGGCAGGCUCUAUCAGAGCAUGCAGAAGUUCCAGGACGCAGAGACGAUGCACUUGAAGGCGAUAGCGAUCAAGGAGGAGCUGCUCGGGGCGGAGGACUACGAGGUGGGGCUCAGUGUGGGCCACCUCGCCUCGCUCUACAACUACCACAUGAACAUGCAUCGCGCGGCGGAGAAGCUCUACCUGCGGUCCAUCUCCAUCAGUCUGAAGCUGUUCGGCGAGCGCUACUCCGGCCUGGAGUACGACUACCGCGGCCUGGUGCACGUGUUCACGCAGCUCAAGCGGCACGACCGCGCACACCACUACAACGCGCUGCUGCAGCACUGGCACGAUCUCAGAGAGCAGUCGAAGGCGGAGCAGCAGCCGGCGCUGGGCGACGAGCAGGUGCUGCCGCUGGAGCAGCUGCAGGCCAAGUUCUUCGCCGACAACGACUGAGCGGCGCCGCCGCGUCCGCCGACUGCCGGCCUCUACUGCCAUUGAGUAGCUUCGCGCUCGCUUGCGAUCGUCUCUCGAGUUACUUUUGGGGGGUGUCACCUUUUCCGACGAGAAACGCCUUCGACGAUCACUUGUUCGAUAAAAUCUACUUUUGCUUAUUCAAUCUGAAUCCUCUUCGUUUUCAUCGGCGUGAGAGAGUGCGAAGCUCGUUAAAUAUUAGUAUAAUCUGUUGGCGUGUCUUAAUGUUGUAGCUUACUUCGUAUCUAUAAUUUUCUUGGAAAUAGUAUUUUGUAAAUAUCAUCGUUUCAAUAUUUACUCAAAAAAUAGAUUUAAGUCAAUCAGUCAAUAGAGCAGGAAGCGUUUAUUUAUAUGGAUAAUUUGAAUUUACAUAAAUAGUUUUAUGUUUAUAAAUUGUAUUUUCUAUAAUCAAUGGAAAUUGCACUUAUUGUUAGAACGUUCAAAUAUUGAGGUUAUAUAGGUCAGAGUGGCCCGUUUGAGAAUGAUGUAGAGAUUGUGCCUGAAAGUUAGAUUCAAUUUGCACAAAUUAAUUUAAAAUUUAAGUAUUUAUAAUGAGAUUGUAAUAAUAAAUGUAUAUCAGUAUAACCGAUUUGAUGUAGAAAUUAUCAUAUUUGAUAGUUUGCUAGACGAUAUAGGUGCGUUAUAUAGGACAGACUAAGUUUACUAAAUUAUUAUUUAGACUACAAGUGUGAUUAAUAAUUACUGUAUUUAUAUAGAAUAUAACAUCGAUGCAAAGUAACUAAAACAUCUAACGACGAAUUUGAUAAAAUAAACAUAUUAGUCGUAUCAUCACAACGAUAAUCUUUAUCAUGAUGAAGGUUACUCGACUUAUUAUACAAUCCUAAAAAUUCUGUUUAGUAUAAAGUUGUAAAGGGGAGAGAAUACCGGUUUGUAAGCAGACCAACAUUACUAUUGGAGACGACGUUAUAGCCGCGUGUGCCCACUUUUAGUUUCCUCAGACGUUUGUGACAAUGUUCUCGAUAUAAUAAAGUAACUCGAUAGAUGAUAGCGAUCGCCUUGAGCUUAUGUUCCUCAUUUAAGUAAUUUUUGUUUAUAUUAUACAAAAAAAAACGUGUAAAAAUUAUAAGUAUACGUCAUUUCGCUUUAAGGAUUAAUUUGUAAGAUACUUUAUCAUGUGCAAUGGUUUGUGUGGCAGCGUCUGUAAAUAUUAAUUAUCUGUUUACUCGCCAGUGUUGCCCAAUUAUGAAUUUAAAUACCCUACAGUAAGCACUAUAAUCAUAUCUUAUUUCAUCGGUACUUAAGAUUAGCAAAAAAUGUUCUAAAUGCAUAAAAUGGCUGUAAAAAUAAUAUUGUAAGAGUACAUUGGACACUGACAGGAUUACGGCUGCAUUAUAAACGUGUAUGGGUAGAUUGUUAUAAAGUGUAUUUAUUUUGUGGGAAAAAAAUCAAAUUAUAUCCCAGAUUUAUAAAAUUUUAGACAUUCAUAUAUUGUUUUCAAUAAAUGUAAGUCGUAAAAAUGAAGUGGUCCAUUCGUUAUUUUCGUACACACGCAGCUUGUCAUAUUUUGCAAGUAUUUUUAUGAAAAUUUACAUAUAAUGACAGACGAAGCAUAUUAUGACAGAUUAGACAAUUUGUAAUUACGCUAUAAUAAAAAUAAAUAAAUAAAUAAUAAUGACAAAUUGUCUAGACAUAUCUAAGGAUGUUAGCACACAUUUAAUGUAUGGCUGUUACGUACGUGAGGCGUGCGAAUAAAUAAGUUCUAUGAUAA